AUGCGUGCCUCCCGAAUCAUUGCCUUUGUCGGCACCUUGCUAUCUGCAACUUUCACUGUCGCGACCGUCGUCACGGAUCAAUCUGCGAUUGCGAAUGGUCAGACGUUCGACUUUGUAAUUGUUGGUGCUGGCCUCGCUGGCCUUACCGUCGCCAACAAGCUGAGCGCGCAGAAAUACAGUACACUCGUCAUUGAGGCCGGUCCCGACGGUUCAUGGAACAAUGCAGUCAAGUACGCUGGGAGCAUCAGCUAUCCGCCCACCUUUUGCAAUCGAAAUUAUCCGCAAUAUGAUGAAAAGGGCCAUAAACUGCCCAAGUCCAUUCACGCCGGCGGCUGUAUCGGCGGCUCAACCUCCAUAAACGGUAUGCUCUGGUAUCGGCCCACUCGAGCCGAAAUCGAUAGAUUAGAAACCUUGGGUAAUCCUGGUUGGAACUGGGAUACACUUGAGCCGCUUAUGGAAGCGAUUGAGCGCAACAUACCUCCGAAUGAAGAGCAGAUUCUGCAGGGUGCAUCGUAUGACCCCAACGUGCAUGGUUACCAGGGCGUAGUCAAUACGUCUUUCCCGACUCCCAUGCGUAUACCAGGGGCUGUGCGACUGUACAAAAGGGCUCUCCCAGAAGCAUUCCCUGGGUUGAGCAUUGGUAACGAUUUAUCUAAUCGCACAUCCUUUGUGUCUGCCUCUUCUUCCUGGACCAUGUGGCUAGAGACAUCAACAGGAAAAAUGCGCCGCUGUUCUGCAGCGGAUGCUCUCCUCUGGGCACCUUCACAACAGCGGCAAUCGCUUACUGUAUUGGCAAACCACACAGUUACCAGGGUUUUGUUUGACCACGACAAAGCCGCCCGAGGAGUAGCAUUUGCCGAAUCAACCUCAACAAGCUUGGAUGGACCAAUAUACCAAGUGAGAGCUCGGAAGAGCGUCAUUUUGGCGGCCGGCGCUUUGGGUAGUGCGCCAAUAUUAGAGCGAUCAGGAAUCGGCAACCCGCAUAUAUUGGCCGCCGCCAAGAUACAGCAAGUCGUUGAUCUGCCUGGAGUGGGUGCAAAUCUCAAUGACCAACCUGGAUCGGCCGUUUCGGCACUGGUUUCAAAGCGUUAUCACAACGACACUUCCAUCAUCGAUGGUCGAAACAUCUUUGGUCCCGAGAUCUCAUUGGUGAAUAUUGAUCAAAUUUGGCCGAGUAUGCCCGUUGCAGAGGUCGUGGCGGAAAGCAAACCAACAGCACUCGAUGCUCCGUUCUGGCCGCUCAUGCCCCUUUCCAGAGGCCACAUUCAUAUUGCCUCGUCCGAUCCGUUUCAAAACGCCAUCAUCACGCCUCGCUUUCUGACGGAUGCUUUCGAUCAAGCAGUUGGAGUGGCUGUUGCCAGAAGGAUACGCGACCUCUUUUCCAACAAGGCGUUUCACGACGUUGUCGAGAACGCGUACCAAUAUCCUCGGCUUGGCCCAAACGCGACAGACUCUGAGUAUCUGGAUUGGUUCAAGGAUACGGCGGCGGGUGCUAGUCACUGGCUUGGAUCGACCGCUAUGCUACCCCGAGCACUAGGCGGCGUUGUAGAUUCACGAUUGCGUGUCUAUGGAACAAGCAACAUGCACGUCGUUGACGCCGGCAUCUUGCCAUUUCAGCUGACUUCGCACACUAUGUCAACGCUAUACGCCGUUGCACAAAGAGCAGCGCAAAUCAUUGUCGAGAACUGCCGAGUUGAAUAG